CGUAGUACUGAAUUCCUUCGGUUUGGCAGGGAGGGCUGAGGUCAUAGGAAAUUGCAAUGACUCCAUCCCCAUUACUUUUUUCCAAGUACAGAUCCCCCUGGAACAAAAGCUUCAUGUUAAACUAGCGCUCUGGUUUUACAGACAGAAUAAGAUCACCUCAGCUACAUAUACAUUUUCGACUCCACUUCCUUCCCGAUUCUAGUGUAGCUGAGUACAUAGAGGCAGCUGUUUCCUUGAAGUGCCAAACAACAUUUCCCAACACAAUUGAUAGUUAAAACUCUUGGGAGUAUCUAUCCAAAAAACAUGUAAAAUCGAAUACGUCUGGCCGCAACUUGCACAAGAAAAGGGCCUUUUGGUCUUCUUUGGUUGUCCCGUCCCAGAUAUUUGUCCUUCCUUGAAGCGGAUCAUGGCGGAAAUGGACCCGAAGUUGUCGUUUGUUUCCUUGCUCUUAGACAAACUGGCCGCUCAAAAGCCUCUAAACUUAUUAUAUCUAGUGGUUCAGAACUGGAUUGUAUUUCAGCGUGAUGUGUUUGACUAUUUCGAUGACAAUGGGGAUCCUUACACAAGUCAAAUGUUCCUCAUUGAGAUCUCAACCGGAAGGUAUAUCCAUAGGGCACAGGGUCAAAAGGUAGAUAAUGGCGUGGCUUCGGACUUUGACGUGUUACAAUCAAAACUCGCCGAAGCAUUUCAGGAGACCAAAGCCUGUCCGGGCUUGUCACUGGAACACUAUGAUCCUGGGAAUCCAUUUUUGCAAAUGGUAAAUUAUCCAUAUAAGCGAAUCGUGGCCAAUACCUGCGAGUGAUACUUCAAAGUGAAUCAGAUCCAGCCAGAGGUUCAAGAUCCCUCUGGGAUCUUGGAUCGGACUCUUUGCUCGGCUUGUGAAGAGGCUUGCCUUCGCCCUGUUCCUAAGAAUGAUCCCAUUGAUCCAAUCGAGGUGGAUGUAUCCAAGAAACUGAAGGUUGAAGUCCAUGACGAUGAGUAUGACGAGGCUCAGUUGUUCCCGUACUUGGAUGAACCCAAUUUUGCUCAGUAUUCCGACGAACACAAUCUCGCUGAAGAGAACACACCCUCUCCCGCCAAACGGAAGCGAACCCGCAAGCCCAAACCCGACUUGGUCAAAGAUGAUUCCGAAGAUACUCCAGAUUUGACCAGUGGCAGGAAGAUCUUCGCCUGCAAAUACUGUCCCAAGACCUUCCUGAAAUCGGUUGGAUUCUACAAGCAUGUGAAAAUCAAGCAUGGUCUCACUUGCUUGGAGUGCAAAGAUCCGGUCAUGAACUUUGGGAAUCUGGUCAAGCACGUGGCCGAACAUCAUCCCGACAAGAUCGAGGAAUACUCUCGAUUUGGACAGCAUGAUGACGAAGAGUUGGAACAAGAUAUGAAGCAACCUCUCAAGUGUAUCAAAUGUGACAUGGUCUUCAAUGGCAACGUCUUGCUCCAUCGACACAAGCAAAUCUACCACGAAAUGGGGGAUUACAAUUGCGAGGAAUGUCAGAAGCCGUGCCUCACCUAUUAUGACUUGACCGUUCACAACUACGAGGAGCAUGCCAAGCCUAUCCGAUACCUCAAACCCUACAACUAUGGAUUGGAGAGUAUCACUCUAGACGAUGGGAAAAUCGAGAAGAAACGGACCCUAUUCGUUUGCGAACACUGUCAAGCCUCUUUUAACACGGAUCCUGGUUGGACGCUCCACUUAAGGAUACAGCAUUCCUGGGGUCUGUUUGAGUGCAAACCCUGUGAGGAGGUGUGCCAUUAUGCCAAAGAUAUGUCGGCCCAUGUGCUCAAUUUUCAUAAAGACCAACCCGAAGUGAAAUGCCCGAGUUGUCCCGAAGUGUUUUGCCUCCGAGAUGAUCCGGACAAGUUCUUGAACCAUUAUCGAGAUUGUUCUCGCGUCGAGGCCGAGACCAAAUCCAAGCAGAAAGUGGAGGAACGAAAGAGUGAAAACUACCAGUGUGAUUAUUGUGGCAAGAACUAUAAUUCGAAGCUGGCCUUUGAAGCGCACAUCCUGAAACAGCAUCAAGGCAUUGAGCGCUACAAAUGUGAUCAAUGCGACUUCGGGACCAAUCUGAAAGAUGUUCUCAAAGGCCAUGAGAAGAUUCAUCUUCGGAAAAAGGGUCUGACCAAUGCGGACACGGAUCUUGUGCUUUUCCAUCAAUGUGAUCAAUGUGGGAAACAGUUCUCUCAUAUGACAACGUUGCGACGUCAUAUCCAACGGGUUCAUGAGGGCAUAAAACCGCAGUACAAAUGCUCGGAUUGCGAGUUCUUUGCUUAUUCCAACUCCAUGCUCUACAAACACAAGCGAGAGGUUCAUGGUUUUGUGAACAUAUUCAAGAAAAACGGCCGAAUCCACUCUAAGUUAAAGGAAUAAAUUGAACUUAUAAUGGCGAUA